UUGUCUUGAGAAAGCGAAUUAGUGGAGCUUAGGGCAUGUUUGCGGAAUUAAUGUGCCCCUUGUGUGUCGAGUAGAUAUUCAACGCUAUGUUCAUUUAGCCGCUUCUAACCUCAUAGUGCAAUAAUGGUUUAUGAUGUUCGAUAUAUAUCAUGCUGUAUGACGCAAGAUCGUGUUUAACCAUGUUUAUGUGAUAGGCUACCCUAUCACACUGUACUUUUGCUUGUAGUAGCAUACCUGAUUUGGCGAAUGAUCAUCUUUCAAUGACUAAGAUGACCACCAAUAGUAACUUGUCAGUUUGAUGCUAAUCUAUCUUUGUUUUAAUGAAAAAAAAUUAGACACCACUUUUCCAUUCUUAAGUACUGGAAACUACUUGUGAAUUUAUCGGUACACUUUUAAAUUUCUAAUGGUCCUAAAAUCUUCCAUCUAAUUAACAAACCCAUGAAAGAAUGUCAGAUAACAAUCUUCAUUAUUGAAAGAAUAAAAAAUACAAGCAGCAAAUAAGAUAUGCAUAUUGCUUUUGUUUGAGGGAAAAAAGAUGUUAGGCUGGUAUUUCUUAGAUUUGAUCUAGAAGCAACAGCGAGUUGUGGAUUUUGCUAAAGAAUAUUUGUAAAAUCUUAUAGAAAAUGACUACAAAGAAAGAAUGUCGUUUUGUUAAGUAUAUUUUGACUCAUGUUCUAUCUUCAAUUAUUUUAUUCUUGUUUUAUUAUUUUGAGCUUUAAUUCUUCUCCAUCUGCCUUUUUAGUGAUACAUGGAAUAUGUGGGCAAUUUAGGUAGCAUUAGGUUGUUGUGAUUUUACUUGUAUAAAGAAAAUGGGUUCAUUGUUUCUGGUCCAGUAGCCUGAACAGAUGGUCAUGUAUAUAUGCAUUAAAUAUCAAUUCAAAUUGCACGUAUUCUUUCAAAUUGUUGUCUGACUUGUUAAAGCUGCAUGGAUGUUGGAUAGAUGGGCCUGGGAAAGACUCUGCAAGCUAUUUCUUUCUUGAGCUAUCUGAAGAUUCAGUCACUAUCAUGUGGACCCUUCUUGGUAUUGUGUCCGUUAAGCGUCACAGAUGGUUGGAUAUUAGAGUUUACCAAAUUUUGUCCUACUUUAAGGGUUCUCCUCUAUGUUGGUGAGAAAAAGCAUCGUCUCGGACUUCGAAGGAUGAUGUAUGAGAAUCUGCAAAGGAAGUCUUCGUUCCUUGAUGAUUUACCUUUUGAUGUGUUGUUGACAACGUAUGAUAUAGCUUUGUUGGAUCAGAAUUUUCUUUCUCAAAUUCCUUGGCAUCAUGUUGUGAUUGAUGAAGCACAACGGCUGAAAAAUCCUUACAGUGUUUUAUAUAAUGUGCUUGAGCAAAAAUUUAUCAUGCCUAGACGUUUGUUGUUAACGGGCACACCUAUUCAAAACAACCUUACAGAGCUAUGGGCCUUGAUGCACUUUUGUAUGCCUUCUGUUUUCGGGACAUUGGAACAAUUUAUUUCCACAUUUAAGGAGGCUGGAAUUUCAUCUAAAGGGUCUGAAUCAGAUAGGGUAAAGAGGCAAUUUGGAAUUCUCAGAUAUAUAUUGAGAGCGUUUAUGCUCCGGAGAACAAAAGCAGUGCUUAUUGAGAGGGGAACUUUGACUCUGCCUCCUCUUACUGAGAUUACAGUGAUGGCACCUUUGAUGCCUUUGCAGAGGAAGGUGUACAUGUCAAUAUUGAGAAAGGAGCUUCAAACACUACUGUCAAUUUCGUUGGGAAGUACUAGCAAUCAGUCCUUGCGGAAUAUUGUAAUACAACUUCGAAAAGCAUGUAGCCAUCCGUAUCUCUUUACUGGUAUGGAACCUGAGCCAUAUGAAGAAGGGGAGCAUCUGGUUCAGGCUAGCGGGAAGCUUAUUAUUCUGGACCUGCUGCUCCAAAAACUCUAUGCAGCAGGACACCGAGUUUUGUUAUUUGCUCAGAUGACUCGUACACUCGACAUUCUACAGGACUUCCUGGAAUUGCGUAAAUACACUUAUGAACGGCUUGACGGAUCUGUACGUGCUGAGGAGAGAUUUGCUGCAAUAAGAAGCUUCAGUAAACAACCAGUCAAAGGUGAUGUGAUUCAUCAAGAUAAACAAGACGUUGCUUUCGUUUUUAUGAUCUCAACUAGAGCUGGAGGAGUUGGUCUCAAUCUCAUCGCUGCCGAUACCGUAAUCUUUUACGAGCAAGACUGGAAUCCUCAAGUAGACAAGCAAGCUUUGCAGCGUUCUCACCGCAUUGGCCAAAUGAACCAUGUGUUAUCGAUAAAUUUGGUAACAGAACACACCAUCGAAGAGGCAAUCAUGAGAAGAGCAGAGAAAAAACUUUGGCUAAGUAACAAUGUUGUUCAUCAAGAAGAAGAAACAUAUGCAGCAGGAAAGGAUGUUGGAACUGAUACUGGUGACAUGCGGUCACUCAUUAUUGGCUUACAAUUAUUUGAUCCCAUGGAUGUCAACAAAGACUCCAUUGAUGCGGAUAAUAUGGUGGAACUCAAUGAAAUGACUGAUAAAGUGGUUGAAAUCCGUAAUCAUGAAACAUCAGAUAAGGAUGUCCGAAGAUUCAAAAUUAAUAAAAAAGAUAUGUUGGAAAGUGGUGACAUGUUUGCGAAAUCUUAUGGAUCUGCUACUUUUGAUCCUAGAGUUGAUGAGGCUUCAUAUUUGUCCUGGCUUCAGAAGUUUAAAGAGGCUUCAUUGUCUGGAGAGGCUUCCUAUUUGGAGCAGGGAAAGAGAAGACAUCUGUCAGAAGAAUAUCAACGAAAACGUGAAGCUGAUAAGAAAAAGGCAGAGGAGAAACAGUUAGCAAAGUGGGAAGCUCUUGGUUACCAGACAUUAGCUAUUAAGGAGCCGGAUCUCAUAGUGGAGAAUAGUGUUCUGUCUGAUUUGGGUUCUGUCCAGUUUGUGUACGGAGAUUGCACUAAACCAUCAAAAGUUUUCCCAUCAGAGCCUGCUAUAAUUUUUAGUUGCAUUGAUAACUCUGGAAGUUGGGGACAUGGCGGAAUGUUUGAUGCUCUAGCUAGUCUUUCAACAUGUGUCCCAGAUGCCUACCACCAUGCUUUUGAAUGUGAUGAUCUUCAUAUGGGGGAUUUGCACUUAGUGAAGUUAAAUGCAUUGUACAAAAUUCUCCUCUAUGGGUUGCACUUGCUGUUGUGCAAUCAUAUAAUCCUCGACGUAAAAUUCCAAGAAGUAAUAUCUCUAUGGUUGAUCUGGAACGAUGUUUGUCGAAGGCAUCCUUCGCAGCUGCUCAAAAUUCUGCUUCCAUUCAUAUGCCACGGAUUGGCUACCAAGAUGGAUCACAACGCUCAGAGUGGUACACAGUGGAACGCCUCCUACGGAAAUAUGCAUCAAUACAUGGCAUCACUAUAUAUGUGUACUAUUAUCGGCAUCCAUCCAGAGAGCAUUAAGAGCUGAUAUUUUCAAGUUCUGCUAUGUAAAUUAUUUAUGAUGUGUUUUAUAUAGAAGAAGCUUUGCACCAUGAACAACUACCUAUAUUAAGAUUUAUGUUGAUGGACAUGGAACUGAUAAAAAUAGAUGCUGAAACUCUCUA